AUGGCUACCCCUAGUGUCCUAGCUUUUGACGCUGAGGGUCGCGCCAUUGAUUUUGAGGUCUGGUUAGACGACCUGCAGCUGUUCUUACAGUGCGACAGGGCUGAUGGCCUUUCUCUCUUUGACCUCACCUCUGGCGCCUCUCCUGCUCCUGCUGCUGAUGCUGAUCCCACUGUCCGCUCUCAGUGGGCCACCCGCGAUGCUGCUGCACGUCUUGCUGUGCGUCGCCACCUCCCUACCUCUGAGCGUGCGCACUUUAGUCAGUACAAGAGUGCUCAGACCUUGUACGACGCUGUAGUUGCGCGCUACUCCUCCCCUGCCACUGCUGCACUGAGCCUCGCGCGCCUCCCUGACUCCCUUCGCGUCGUCAGGGACCACUUUCCCGCAGUCUGUCCCACCACCCUCACCGUCGACCUCCUCGAGAAGGCCCUCCUCGCAGCGGAGAAGAGCAUAGUCGCUGUAGGUGCUUCUUGUGGUGACCCUCGCACCCCCAUCUUUGAGGGGUGCUCUCCUUCCCCCUUGCUGCCCUCUGUUGCCUCUGCUGCUGCUGCCGACCUGCUUGGUCUUGAGUCGGUCGGCGCGGCGUCUGCCCCUAGUGGGAGACGCCGCUCCAGCAAGGGCAAGGGGGGCAAGGGCGCGGGUGGAGCUGGAGGGGGCGGUGGCGGUGGCGGCGGUGGCGGCGGAGGGAGUGGGGGUGGCGGCGGGACUAGUGGCGGGGGUGGUGGUGGUGGUGGCAGCAGCGGCGGAGGUGGAGGCGGCGGAGGUGGAGGCGGUGGAGGCGGCAGCGGAGGAGGCGGUGGUGGUGGAGGAGGUGGAGCUGGUCGGGGUGGUACCCAGCAGCGUAGCGGCGGUGGUGGUGGCCAGCGCUCGCAGCGGCAGCAGCAGCAGCGCUCGCGGGACAUCCCUCCGCCUCAGCAGCUUCGUGAGUGGUACGCUAGGUGUCAGAGGGGUGGGGGUACUGGUCCCUGCACCUACGUUCUUCGUUCCGGCGACCGCGCGGGUGAGCAGUGUGGGGGUGCCCACGCCACCCAGCGCUGCUUUGGCCGCCUCAAAGAUGCUUGGCGUCAGCAGUUCCCUGGGGCUAGUGAGAUCCCUCGCUGGGAUGAGCUUCUUAGGGCUGGUGUAGCGAUCUUUGAUCUUGAUUUUGAUGCUAUCCUUGCUGCUAUGUAUGCUGUGACUUAUAGUGAGGAGAAUGAGGGUUACCGGUGUUUCCACCCCGACCCGGGCAUUGGUACUGCUGCGCUAGGUGCUUGUGAGGCUGCUGCUCUAGGUGCCAGUGCGUCUGCGCUCUCAGGUACUGGUGAGACUGCGCUCUCAGGUACUGCGUCGUCCUCGUCCUCCCUCACUUUCACACUUGACUCCGGGGCUUCUCGCUCCUUCUUUCGAGACCGCACUACCCUUACGCCACUCGGCCGGCCGGUUGCAGUCUCCCUUGCUGACCCCUCUGGGGGUCCUGUCCUGUCUCACUUCUCCAUUGUCCUCCCGUGUCCGGCUGCCCCUGCGGGCACCCUGUCUGGUCUGUACCUUCCCUCGUUCUCUACGAACUUGGUGAGUGGCGCGGACCUGCAGGAUGUGGGGGUUCACCAGUUCACUCCUGCGAGUCAGCGGGUGACCCACUGCACGGAGGCACGCACAGGCCGACACCUGGCCACGUUCUUGCGUCGGCCGGGGUCGAGUCUCUACACCCUGACCGUUGAGUCUCCUCCUGUCCCUGCGUCUGGUCAGGUGGCUGCGUCAGGUCAGGUGCUUGCUGCUGCGUCCCGGUCAGGUCCUGAGUCUGCCCCCUGUUCGUGUCGCCUCCUGUCUCACGAGACUCUCCUGUGGCACCACCGUCUUGGCCACCCCUCCUUGCCCCGUCUUCGGAGCAUGGCUUCCCGUGUCCUUGUCUCUGGUCUUCCCCGGUCUCUCCCUCCCCUUCCCUCCGGGCCAGGACCUUCCUCCCCCGUCCGUGGGCAGGGUCACGAGCGCUACUUCCUGUUGGUGGUUGACGACUACUCGCGUUACACCACAGUCCUCCCCUUGCGCAGCAAGGGUGCGGUCACUGAGGUGCUGAUCGACUGGAUCCGCGAGGCUCGUCUCCAGCUCAGGAAGAGCUUCGGCUCGGACUUUCCUGUUCUGCGUCUGCACUCAGACAGAGGCGGAGAGUUCUCUUCUCGCCUUCUGCGAGACUACUGUCGUGCACGGGGGAUCCGCCAGACCUUCACGCUUCCGGACUCACCACAGCAAAAUGGGAUUGCUGAGCGCCGCAUUGGCAUGGUCAUGGAUGUCGCUCGUACGUCCAUGAUGCAUGCGGCUGCCCCCCAUUUUCUGUGGCCGUUUGCGGUGAGGUACGCGGCGCAUCAGCUCAACCUUCACCCCCGGGUCUCUCGGCCUGCGAUGUCCCCAGCCUUGCUGUGGACGGGGAAGGUUGGCGAUGCGUCUGUGUUCCGUGUCUGGGGAUCUCGGGCGUUUGUCCGCGACUUGUCUGCGGACAAGCUGUCCCCUCGUGCUGCUCCCUGUGUCUUCCUUGGCUUCCCCACUGACGCCCCAGGGUGGCAGUUUUACCACCCCUCCUCUCGUCGUGUUCUGUCCUCCCAGGACGUCACGUUCGACGAGUCAGUCCCCUUCUACCGUCUCUUCCCCUACCGCACUCCUUCCCUCCCCCCUCCCCCGGACUUCCUUGUGCCGGUUCCCCCCCCGGUAGACCCCCUCCCCCCUCAGGUUCCUGCCCCCUCAGGUGUGUCCCAGGUAGACGCCGUUGACGCGGUCGAGGUUACUGGUUACUCUGGUGCUGCUGCGGGUGCUGAGCCUGGGGGUGCUGACUCUGGGGGUGCUGUGCGCGGGGGUGCUGAGCCUGGGGGUGCUACUGCUGGGGGUGCUGGGCCUGGGGGUACUACUGCGGAGGGUGAGGAGCCUGGGGGUGCUGAGCCGGGGGGUGCUGUGCCUGGAGGUGCUGGGUCUGGGGGUGCUGGGUCGGGAGCUGCUGAGCCUGGGGGUACUGAGCUGGGAGCUGCUGAGCCUGGGGGUGCUGCGUCUAGAGCUGCUGAGCCUGGGGUUUCUCCUGCUGCUGCGUCUCGCCGGGAGCCCCUCUCUCCACAGGAGCUGCGCGAGUGGUUCGCUCGCCGCUGGAGGCGUGCUGCUGAGUCUGGAGGUGCUGCUGGAGCUGGAGCUGGAGCUUCUUCGACUGUCGAGGGUGCGGGUGCUGCCGGUCCCGGAGCUGCUGGACCUACGGGUCCUCCUGGAGCUGGAGCUGCUGAGGGCGUUGGUGCUGAGCCUACUACUGUUGGUCCUACCGCUGGAGGUGUGGGUGGCGCUGGUGCUGUCGCUGAGGGUGCUGGUGCUGUCCCUGCUGAGUCUGGAGCUGCCGCGCGGCCUCGGCCGUACUUCGUUCCGCUCCUGCAGCAGGUUCUUGGUCUUUCUCCUCCAGUAGAGGGUCCACCGCCUGUCCAGUCGCAGUCCCUGCUAGAGCCUUCCUCUCCACUGCCUGCUCCCUCUCCUUACACUGGUCCUACUGGAGGUCUUGCUGAGCGUCGUGAGCCUGCGUCUCGUCCCGCGUCGCCUGUUCGUCCUUCUCGCGCUAGUGGUCGCAGUUCGCGUCAGCGUCCUCCUCCUGUCCCUGGCACGCACCGGAUGUCUUUGCGUCCGUCCACUGCUCCUCUGCGUGCCCCUUUGCCUUCUCCUCCUGAGUCCUCUCUUCCUGCGCUUGCCGACCCUGAGUCGGACUCUCUUCGUGCUGCCAGUUCUACUGUCACGCGUCUGCUUGCUACUGUCGUCACUGACCCCUCUUUUGAGUCCACUGCUGCGUCUGCUCUAGUCGCUGAGCUCGUCGACUUUGCUGCUCGCUGUCGUCUCGACUACGCUGCUAGUCUUGUGGCUGAGUCUGCGUCUGUCUGUCCUCCGUCCGUCGGGGGUGAGUGUGCUCUUGGCACGGACGUCCUAGAGGACAGGCAGGAGGAGUUACAGUGUCUAGCGGCUGCUUCACCUCAUCUCGCGUCUGUACUGCUUGCCCCUGAGGGAGACCCGGAUGCACUAGACAUCCCGACUCCGCGUUCUUACGCGGAGGCCGUAGAGGGUCCCUACUCCUCUCAGUGGCAGGCAGCUAUGGAUGCAGAGAUGGCUUCCUGGAAGUCCACAGGCACCUACGUUGACGCGGUUCCCCCUCCUGGGGCGAACAUCGUCAGUGGCAUGUGGAUCUUCAGGGUGAAGCGGCCGCCGGGCUCUCCACCUGUCUUCAAGGCACGGUACGUUGCUCGUGGCUUCAGUCAGCGGCAGGGAGUUGACUACUUUCAGACCUUCUCUCCCACCCCGAAGAUGACUACUCUUCGGGUGCUGCUGCACAUAGCCGCUCAGCGCGACUACGAGCUUCACUCUCUCGACUUCAGCACUGCGUUUCUGCAGGGUAGCCUGCACGAGGAGAUCUGGCUGCGCCGUCCGCCUGGCUUCACUGGGACUUUCCCUCCUGGCACCCAGUGGAGCCUCCGACGGCCAGUCUACGGUCUCCGCCAGGCACCGCGUGAGUGGCACGACACACUGAGGACUACGCUUGCGGCUCUUGGGUUUGCUCCUUCUACUGCUGACCCGUCGCUGUUUCUUCGCACCGACACUUCCCUGCCGCCGUUCUACAUCCUCGUGUACGUCGACGACUUGGUCUUUGCCACAGCGGACACUGCUGGACUCGCCUACGUGAAGUCCGAGCUGCUGAAGAGACACACGUGCACUGACCUGGGUGAACUGCGCAGCUACCUUGGCUUGCAGAUCACUCGGGACAGAGCACGCCGCACCAUUACCUUGACUCAGUCACACAUGGUGCAGCAGGUCCUUCAGCGCUUCGGCUUCACGUACUCCUCGCCUCAGGCCACUCCUCUGUCUACUCGCCACUCACUCUCAGCUCUGCCUUCGGAUGAGUCCGUAGAGUCGAGUGGUCCGUAUGCAGAGCUUGUUGGCUGCCUCAUGUACCUGAUGACCUGCACACGACCUGACCUUGCAUACCCUCUGAGCAUUCUUGCACGGUAUGUUGCUUCUGGGAGACACCGACCAGAGCACAUGGCAGCAGCGAAGAGGGUAUUGCGCUACCUGUGCAGUACGUCGGGCAUGGGGCUAGUGCUUGGAGGGCGGAGUCCAGUGGUCCUUACAGGCCACGCGGACGCUUCUUGGGCUGACGACCAGGCUACGCAGCGGUCGUCACAGGGUUACACCUUCAGCCUUGGUUCCGGCUCUGUCUCGUGGCGGUCUUCUCGCUCGUCUUCAGUUCUCGGCUCCAGUUGUGAGGCUGAGAUCUUCGCCGGGGCCAUGGCUGCACAGGAGCUUCGCUGGCUCACCUACCUGCUGACUGACCUUGGAGAGCCGCCUCGUUCUCCUCCAGUGCUGUACGUAGACAACAAGGCCAUGCUGGCCUUGUGUCGAGAGCAGCGCUUGGAGCACAGAACGAAGCACAUUGCUCUCCGCUACUUCCUUGCUUGUGAGCUGCAGCAGCGUGGUCAGUUGCGACUUGCGUACGUGGCCUCUGAGGCCAACACUGCUGAUGUGUUCACCAAGGCACUCGCGCCUUGUGACCAUCAGCGCUUUUGCACCCAGCUGGGUCUUGUGCCUGUCUUGCCUCACUUGCUCUCCUCUUGA